AUGUCUAACUGGGGAGCGACAAACACGAACAAUGAAACAUUGCAAUACUGCUUUCCAAAUAACAACAUGUCUUGUACCAAUAAUGUAAAACAUGGAGCCGAGUACAUUUUUGUGUACAUAUUCAUUUCUACAGUAUCAGUAUUUACUGUGUUUCUGAACUUGUUGGUGAUCAUCUCCAUCGCUCACUUCAAACAGCUCCACACUCCAACCAAUGUGCUGAUCUUCUCUCUGGCUGUGGCUGAUCUGAUCGUGGGACUGAUUCUUAUGCCAGUGCAGGGCAUCAAAUUGAUCGAGCCAUGCUGGUACUUCGGAGAAAUAUUUUGUUCAAUUUUUCCUCUGAUUUUCUAUGUGGUUGUCACGGCAUCUCUUGGUAAUUUGAUUAUUGUAUCUGUGGAUCGUUAUAUUGCCGUGAAUGACCCUCUGCGAUAUCCAGCAAGGGUUAAUAUUAACAGAGCAGUUCUUUCUAUUGUUGUAAACUGGGUGUUUUCCUGCAUAUAUUCUUUUUUUCUUUUGUAUGAGUCUAUAGUCCAUCCAGAGAAAAAUCAUGCAUGUGUUGGAGAAUGCAUACUUUAUAUUGAUUUGGGAUAUAUCAUAACGGAUGUUUUGGUUACUUUAGUGACGCCGUGCUGUUUAAUCAUUUCUUUAUAUAUCAAAAUCUGCUUUGUAGCAAAACAGCAAGCCGAGCACAUAAAUUCACUCUCUUACAAAAAAGCCAAAUCAGAAAAAAAGGCAGCAAGAACCUUAGGGAUUGUUGUCAUAGUCUAUCUUCUUUGUUGGAUACCGUAUUAUAUAGCUGCUCUUACGCUUGGGCAAGACACGGGCGAUUCUCUUGUAAUUAAUAUCAUGUAUUGGAUUUUAUGCAUGAAUUCAUGCUUGAAUCCAAUUAUUUAUGCAUUGUUUUAUAGGUGGUUUCGCAUAUCAGCAAAAUACAUUUUGACUCUGAAAAUAUUUGAACCUUCAUCAGAAUACUUCAACCUGUUCAUGCAAGAGAAAUGA